AUGUACAGGUUUUUCGGUUAUAGCAUCUUUUUCUUCCUCUCUCUCGUCCAAGGUGUAUUUCCCGCCAGAACCGUUCCUCCGACAUCACCACCAGAAUUAACAGUCAAAGACCUCUCAGGUAACGACACGUGGAAGAGCUUCUCCAAGUUCAUGAACGCCGGCAAGGGUGCUAACUUCUCUGGCAUGUCUGAGCUCAAGAAAUACUUCCACCGAUUUGGCUACAUCGACGUCAUCGACAACUUUACCGACACCUUCGACGAAACCCUUGAAUCCGCCGUCUUAAACUACCAGAAAAAACUGGGGUUGCCGAUCACUGGGAAGUUGGACUCCGACACUGUCACUCAGAUCAUGUCGCCGCGGUGUGGCGUCUCCGACAGAGACAUUCCAAACCGGAAACACAAAUUUCACAUGAUUAAACAUUACGCGUUCUUUGCCGGUGAGCCGAGGUGGAGGAAACCGGCGAAGUCGGAGACAAUGACACUAACGUACGCUUUUUCCGACACCCAUAUGAUUGAUUACAUUAGUUACUCCGACAUACAAGAUGUUUUCCAGCGUUCUUUUUCGAGGUGGGCGUCUACGAUCCCUGUGAGCUUCAAUGAGGUAGACGAUUACCGAAAAGCAGAUAUAAAAAUAGCUUUUUAUCAAGGGGAUCACGGCGACGGAGUGUCGUUUGACGGCGUUUUAGGGGUGUUGGCGCACGCUUUCUCGCCGGAAAACGGUAGGCUCCAUUUAGACAAAGCUGAAACAUGGGCCGUUGAUUUCAAAUCGAGUAAAUCAAAUGUGGCUGUUGAUUUGGAGUCGGUUGCUACCCAUGAAAUCGGGCACAUACUCGGGUUGGCCCAUUCGUCGGUUCAGGAGGCAAUUAUGUAUCCGAGUUUGGGUCCGAGAACUAAAAAAGUGGAACUUAAAAUUGAUGAUGUAAAGGGGAUCCAGGAGCUAUACGGGUCAAACCCGGAUUUUAGACAAACUAAAGCCAUGUAUAGGUUUUUCGUUUAUAGCAUGUUUUUCUUCCUCUCUCUCCUCCAAUGUGUAUUUCCCACCAGAAUCGUUCCUCCGACAUCACCACAAGAAUUAACAGUCAAAGACCUCUCAGGUAACGACACGUGGAAGAGCUUCUCCAAGUUCAUGAAUGCCGGCAAGGGUGCUAACUUCUCCGGCAUGUCUGAGCUCAAGAAAUACUUCCACCGAUUUGGCUACAUCGACGUCAUCAACAACUUUACUGACACCUUCGACGAAACCCUUGAAACCGCCGUCUUAAACUACCAGAAAAAACUGGGGUUGCCGAUCACUGGGAAAUUGGACUUCAACACUGUGACUCAGAUCAUGUCGCCGCGGUGUGGCGUCUCCGGCGGAGACAUUCCAAACCGGAAACAUAAAUUCCACAUGAGUAAGCAUUACGCGUUCUUUCCCGGUGAGCCGAGGUGGAGAAAACUGGCGAAGUCGGAGAUAAUGACGCUAACGUACGCUUUUUCCGACACUCAUAUGAUUGAUUAUAUUAGUUACUCUGACAUACGAGAUGUUUUCCAGCGUUCUUUUUCAAGGUGGGCGUCUACGAUUCCUGUGAGCUUCAAGGAAGUAGACGAUUACCGAAAAGCAGAUAUAAAAAUAGCUUUUUAUGAAGGGGAUCACGGCGACGGAAUGGCGUUUGACGGCGUUUUAGGGGUGCUGGCUCACGCUUUCUCGCCGGAAAACGGUAGGCUCCAUUUAGACAAAGCUGAAACGUGGGCCGUUGAUUUCAAAUCAAGUAAAUCAAAUGUGGCCGUUGAUUUGGAGUCAGUUGCGACUCAUGAAAUCGGGCAUAUACUUGGGUUGGCCCAUUCGUCGGUUCAGGAGGCGAUUAUGUACCCGAGUUUGGGUCCGAGAACUAAAAAAGUGGAUCUUAAAAUUGAUGAUGUAAAGGGGAUCCAGGAGCUAUACGGGUCAAACCCGGAUUUUAGGUAUACUCCAUCCAUGGAAUCGGAUAUUUCGAAUGUUACCCGAACCUGGAUAGGAAAUUGGAUCAAGUGGGUGAUUUCAUUGGUGUUGCUUGUGGAUUUUUUACUUUGA